AACAAACAAAAAAGAAACUGUUUCAGUGCUUUUUUUGUUGUCAUUAGCUUUAAUUUCUUUGGGAUCUGAUUUUCUUUCAAACAGCCAAAAGAUAGUCUUCUUUUCACUUCAAUUCCCGAGGAAAUUAAAACCCUUUUGGGUCCCAAACAUUCCUUUUGUUCUUUGCUUUUCUUUUCUCUUUAUUGUCUCCUUAAUUUACUUGCUUAUUAAUUGAACAAGAGAGGAUCUUGCACUAAAAGAAGCCCUUUCUUUCCCUCUUUAAUUCUCUCUUUCUCUUUGAUCAUCAUCCACUUAAUUGUGGAAGAAUAACCAGAUCUAUCUAGAUCAGCAAGAAACUAUUUACAAGGUUUUGAAUCAUCAUACCUUCAAGAGUAUGAAUACCUUUUUACAUGUUCCUCCUGGUUUUAGAUUCCACCCAACGGAUGAAGAACUUGUGGAUUACUACCUUAGGAAAAAGGUUGCGUCGAAAAGAAUUGAUCUUGAUGUUAUCAAAGAUGUUGAUCUUUACAAAAUUGAACCAUGGGAUCUUCAAGAGUUAUGUAGGCUAGGAACUGAAGAGCAAAAUGAGUGGUAUUUCUUUAGUCACAAGGACAAAAAAUAUCCAACAGGAACUCGGACUAAUAGGGCUACAAAAGUUGGCUUUUGGAAAGCCACCGGAAGAGACAAGGCCAUAUACUCUAAGAAUAACCUGGCAGGCAUGAGAAAGACCUUGGUGUUCUACAAGGGUCGAGCCCCGAACGGACAGAAGUCAGAUUGGAUCAUGCAUGAGUAUAGACUAGAAACAAACGAAAACGCAAUACCUCAGGAAGAAGGAUGGGUUGUAUGCAGGGUUUUCAAGAAGCGAAUAACAACCGUUCGUAGAAUGGAUGAACAUGAUUCCUUGGGUUGGUAUGAUGACCAAGUAUCAUUCAUGCCCGAUUAUGAAUCCCCGAACCAGGUAUCUCAUCCUUACACUUCAAAUAAUUCAUACCAGCAUCAACUUCCAGCAAAAUCCGAGCUUGAUGAAACUCAUUACAACUCGCCUUGUGAACACUUCUUCCCGCUUCCUCAAUUAGAAUCACUCAGAUUUCCACAACCAGCAGCCGCUGGCGUAAGUGCUUCCUAUACAAACACUUUACAACCUCCAACUCAGCAACCGAAUGUCAACUUGCUUAAUAACAAUAACAAUAAUGAUGGUGAACAAGAUCUCCAAGUGACUGAUUGGCGGGUACUAGAUAAAUUUGUUGCUUCUCAACUGAGUAAUGAUCAAAAUGCUGUCACCAAGGCAAACAAUUAUUCGAAUCCUCAAUCACUUCAAAUGGCUGAGCACAUGAACUUGCUUCUAAGUGACUCUAAGAGUGAUGAGAUGGCUUCAGAAGAUGCCUCAAUAUCCACUUCCACUUGCCAGAUUGAUCUUUGGAAGUAACUAAUAAGAAAA